CCACUAUUACGGCUGGCAAUGGGAACACAACAGAAUAUAGAGCUUUGACUUAUUGAUCAACGUUCAUAAGCAGAUCUGCCUGUGUUUGGUUGUGAGAGGCAGUGAUGUCUGCCCAAGACAACCCUGUGUCCGUCAUAAAGGAGGGAUUCCUGUGGAAACGAGGAGAACAUAUAAAGAACUGGCGGAAGCGGUACUUUAUCUUGCGUGACGAUGGAUCCUUUCUUGGCUUCAGGACAAAGCCAGAACAUGGUCUCAGUGACCCACUUAAUGACUUUACUGUCAGAGAUUGUCAGCUUAUGCCCCAGGAGAAGCCUCGUCCAAACACUUUUAUAAUACGUGGCCUGCAAUGGACAACGGUAGUGGAGCGCAUGUUCUGUGUGGAAAGUGCUGAUGAGCGUCAGGAAUGGAUGGAGGCUAUCCGUUCUAUUGCUGCAAACAUGAAGGGUGUAGAUGAUGGAGGAGCAACUGUCUUUGAUAAAUCAAAAAAGAAAGUGACCUUGGAUGACUUUGACUUCCUCAAGGUCUUGGGAAAAGGAACAUUUGGAAAGGUAAUCCUGUGCAAGGAAAAGGCCAACAGUCAGCUGUAUGCCAUCAAAAUUCUCAAAAAACAAGUUAUUAUCCAAAAAGACGAAGUGGCACACACAUUGACAGAGAACAGGGUCCUACAAACGACCAAGCAUCCAUUUUUAACACAACUCAAGUAUUCAUUCCAAACACCAGACCGCCUGUGUUUUGUGAUGGAGUAUGUAAACGGAGGAGAGUUGUUUUUCCAUCUGUCCAGGGAGCGAGUAUUCACAGAAGACAGAACACGGUUUUAUGGAGCAGAAAUAAUCUCUGCUUUAGGAUACCUUCAUGAAAAUAAUAUAGUCUACAGAGAUCUGAAGUUAGAAAAUUUAUUACUAGACAAAGAUGGACAUAUCAAAAUUGCUGACUUUGGUCUGUGUAAAGAAGAAAUGUUUUUUGGUGCCAGCACAAAGACGUUUUGUGGAACUCCAGAGUAUUUGGCACCAGAGGUGCUAGAGGACAACGAUUAUGGCCGAGCAGUGGACUGGUGGGGUACAGGCGUCGUUAUGUACGAGAUGAUGUGUGGACGUUUACCAUUUUACAAUCGUGAUCAUGACAUUUUGUUUGAACUUAUUCUUGUGGAAGAUGUGAGAUUCCCAAAGACUUUAACACAAGCAGCGACUUCUCUGCUGGGAGGAUUAUUAAUAAAAAAUCCAAAGAAGAGACUUGGUGGUGGAGAAGCUGAUGUAAAGGAAAUCACUGGACAUCCAUUUUUCCAGCCAAUCAACUGGGAUUUAUUGGUCCAGAAAGCAAUUACUCCUCCAUGGAAGCCGGAUGUGAAGAGUAUCUGCGACACAAAAUACAUCCCCGAGGAGUUUGCACGGGAGCCAAUGUCUCUGACCCCACCUCGCCAUGGUCACGGUGAACUGUCACAGAGCUCACGACAACUGCUGUCCAUACAAGAGGAAGGCGAGCUGCCUUACUUUGAACAGUUUUCUUAUCAUGGGACUAGUAGUCGCAGCUUUGGGAGCUACCUUAGCCAAUCAGUGACUGGUUCUGAAGAAAUGUUUUGAUGUAUCAUCAACAGAUUAAAAACUGUUAUAAAUCCAUUGAUGAUACAUCAAAACAUAUGAAUAUUUUAACCUUGAAGACCUCUCCUUUAUUUUGGCCUCAGUUUUAAUAUUUUUAAUAGUUUGGUUUGAAAUUCAUCAACACAACAUAUUUACUGAAUCAGAAACUUUUGAAUGUUAAUACUCAGCUCCCACAUCUUAACACUUAAAUAAGUGGUCUCUUCAUAAACAUUUCCCUUAUAAUCAGAUCUGUUAAGUAAACAACAGUGAUAGAAUAGUGAUUCUUUAACAUAGAAUAGGAAACACUGUCAUUGUCUUCUCUGAAGAUGGACACAUGCUUUAAGUUUGUUUUCUGAAUGUAAAUGAAAGUUGUGAAAAAUUAUGUGUCCCAAAACAGAAUAAAAACACAAUGAAAAUAACAGGAUCUGUAGAGAUAUCUCUGUAAAAUACUGGUGUCAGUAGGGAUAUCCCUGUAAAAUACUUGUGUCAGUAGAGAUUUCCCUGUAAAAUACUGGUGUCAGUAGAGAUUUCCCUGUAAAAUACUGGUGUCAAUAGGGAAAUCCCUGUAAACUACUGGAAUCAGUGUACAGUAGGGAAAUCCCUGUAAACUACUGGGAUCAGUGUACAGUAGGGAAAUCCCUGUAAACUACUGGAAUCAGUGUACAGUAGGGAAAUCCCUGUAAACUAUUGAAAUCAGUGUACAGUAGGGAAAUCCCUGUAAACUACUGGGAUCAGUGUACAGUAGGGAAAUCCCUGUAAACUACUGAAAUCAGUGUACAGUAGGGAAAUGUGUGUUACUAAUUCUGAAGUGAUAUGCAAAUGUAGAUAAUCAGUAACUAGCCCAGUUAUGCAAGCACCAUGAAACAAUAGGUUAAACUAAGUUCUGUUUGUAUGUCCUGAUAAAACAGCAGGUUCAUGGUACUUCUUCAAAGUAAAAAUGAAACCUAGCUAAUGUGGUGAUUGAAAAAUGAUGCCUAAUAUCAGAUAGGUGGACAACAUCUGUUUCAGUACAUUUGUACAAUGUGCUUAUGAAGGAGUGAGUGAUUCAUGAUUAAUGUGUGUAUGUACAAAGCUAUAAAAUCCAUAGAGUGCUUAUCUAUUUGUGUCAUAUUUUAAUGUAAAGGAGGUCCGAUUUCACAGGUUCUUGUGUCAGGUGACUUAUUCCACUAUCAAAUUCUGUACUUAACAAGUCUAGCACCUAUAUAAUCUGUGUAGUUGCCUUGCUAAUAUCCAAGGCGAUGAGAUUGUUUGUUGUUAUCUUCAUACCAAAGACUUGUGUCAUAUUAAGGGAUUUUUUGUCUCUUGUUAUCUGUUACAUAUGAAUUGCUUCCAACUUCAAUGACAAACUGUUGUGCCUUUUUUGUGUUAUGCCAAAAUGACAUUUUCCUUGCAGCCGUAGUAGAUUUGUAAGUUUCUAUUAUAUAUAGCUAAGUUUAUUUUCCUGAACAUGUUGAUAACACAUCUUGUUGAAGUAAGAAGUGUUGAUGAAUGAUAAAUGAUUAUUUAUGACAAGUUUGUAGAGCUUGAAAUCAAAAGAAGUCUUAAACUCUUUAUGUAAGAGUUGUUAAUAAGGAAAUUGGUGUAUGCAGACAAAAAUAAUAUUAAUUUUUUUAUCCUUUUUUUUUUUCCUUUUAGUUCCUAGAAUUCAUGUUUACAACUACAAUUUAUUGUUGUUCAACAAGUUUUCGAAAACAUAAUGAAAAGUGAUUGAAACAAGUAUUUCUAUCAGACUGAAUUGUAUGGUUUUAAUUUUUGUCAAAAAACAAAAAAAAAGAUAUUUCAAGAUGUUUAGGUCAUAUGACCUGAAGAGUCAGGAUGACCUAUAGCCAGUGUGUUUUUUGUCCGUCAGUGUCCGACGUGCGUAAAUUUUCCAUUCAAAUGACUUCUCCUUAAUAACCAAAUGGCCCAGGGUGCUAUUAUUGGGUUUACACAAUGAUGAUGAAGGGCUACCAAGUUUGUUAAUAUGAAUGACCUUGACCCACUUUCAAGGUCAUAGGGGUUAAAUUUGCUGAAUCUUUAAAUGACUUUUUCUCAGUAACCGAAAGACCCAGGGUACUGAUAUAAAGCCUGUAGCAUGCUGUAAGCUGUAAAGUAAUUGAACAAUUAAUUUUAGGCCUAUUUGGCCCCUUUCAUAUUUAGGUCUGUAUACUCAGAUGACUGUUAAGGCAUGUGGGCCUCUCGUCUAGAUUUAGAGGUUGUUUGUCAGCAAUGACAAUCCAGCCAGUAAAUAGGCUUCUCCUCUCAGGAAUGGUGUGAUAGUUUACAAGUAUGAGAAUGAAAAGUUUUUAUACAGUAGAAGAAACUGGUAUAGACAGAACAUUCUUAUCGUUAGAAUAUCAAACAUUGUUGUACCUACUGUGUAUAUACUAUACUGCUGACCUAUAGGUCUUUAACACUCUUGGCUAUCACAGUGUUUCUGCAGUAGUUCCAUGAUGUGCUGAACACACUUCUCCAGAUGAAACACCUUAUUGUUGUUCUACAAUAUUAUUUUUUUGAUGGAGACAUUAAUUAUAAAAAUUGACAUAUUUUUGUAAAUACAUGUAAAUUUAACAAUUCAUUGAUGAUAUGUAUUGAAAACAGUUCAGAUGUGUUGUUUCUUGUAUGUUGUGAAGGAAGACUUAUGUAUCCUGUUGUUUUUAUAGUGCACAAGACUGGAAUGCUGGCAUUCUUUUCAAAUUAAAUCUGUUUUACCUUCCUGUAUCAUACUAAGGGUUAUGAUAUAUUAUGAAUCCUUGUGUAACUCCUCAUUUCACCACACCCCAGUUUUAAAAUAAGUUGCUUGCAUUUUAUAGGUUUGCAAAUUAUAGAUCAACAAUACAGUAACAGUGGACUCCUGCAAAACCCAGUUUAAAAUGCUAUCAUUAUGUAGUUCAGGAUUUUACAGGAUUUUGAACUGGUGUAUCACAUACUAUAUAUUAUAGUAUUAUAACUCAGUGUCUUAGUGGUACAUAGUUUUUGAAAAUCUCAAAGAGAACCAACAAAUUCUUUUUUAAGCUUAUUAACUUUUACAGGAAAGAAGAAAGAGUGAUUUCCUGUGAAGCAAGCGUUGUUCAUGGCAACAGUUAAAUUGAAGUGUUCACACAUUUUUUCCCCAAUAAAUUUUUCCUCAUGCAAAUGGUCUGUCUGCUCAUAAACUAUUUUUAUAUCACUAUUUCUUGAGAAGUAUUGUAAAGAUCUUUCUCAAAUUUCAUUUAUAGGUUCCUCUUGGUCCCUAGUUGUACCUCUUUGUUUUUUGGACUGAGGGGAAAAAAAUGGCCAACAGGUUGCUAUCUUGGAUUUGGCUGAGUAAAUUUUGUUACCCCUAUUUCUUCAGAAGGACUAGAUGGAUCUCUCAAAUUUCAUAUGUAAGUUUCCAUACAUAGUUACGCUCAUUUGAUUUUGGGUCUGAUCAGAAAAACAAAAUGGCAGACAGCUGACCAUCUUGGAUAUGGCAGGUUAAGAUUUUCAUCGCUACUUCUGCAAAGGAAUGUUCAAAUUUCUUAUCAUUAAGAGCAAAAACAGAGAAGAGAAAUAAGGGAAAGAUCCAACUUUCAAAGAGCAAAUAAAGAUCGAACAUUGGUGGGUGCCAAGAUCCCUUUGGGAUCUUUUGUCAUCUAACUGAGUUUGUUGUUUGAUACUGGUGUAAACGUCUAAAAUGGACUUUGCUGUUGUGAAAAUUAAUUAGUUUUAUUGACCACGGCUAUUGCUAAGUAAAUGUUUCACAAUUUUUUCACCUUUGAAAAAUUUUAUUGAUUCACUUACAAAGUUAUUCCUUCUGGAUUAGUAUACAAUGUGUAUAUGCUUUUAACAAUAGGGGAAAUUAUUUUAGGUCUACCUUAUCAUUACUGUUGUCACGAGGACACUUAUCUGUCUCAAAAUCAUGAAAUAAUGACUGUUUUAUUUCCUUAAUAUUGUUUCGUUAGCUGUAAGUAGACUAGACAAAAUACAAAUACUUCAGUAACUGUACCUAAGUGCUUUAGUGCAAUAUAACUAUUUGAAAAACAUAUUUACACAUCCCAUCUGUUUUUAUGGACUUCUUGAAUAGACACUCUAUUUUACCAGCAAUAAACCUCUGUCUGGUAAUAAGCCAUCUCAUAACAAUUGCUGUUAAGGUAAAUAACAAAGAUUAUUUGAUUGUCCAACAAUCUUUAACAAGGAUUUCUAUGUAGGCUGUCAGGUCUCAGUGCAUGAUGAAAUUGGUAUGAGAAAAUGCUUUCAUACCUUAAUUGUACCACUGCAGCAUAAUUUCUAAAAAUAAGUCUUAAUUUUGAACGAAAGAUAUUUUGGGAUGAACUUUUCUCUUACAUCUUACAUGCUUCCUUUAGCUAGAAGUUAAAUUAUUUGGCCUCAAGUGAAGACAUAGUGAAAUGACAUAUUCAAUUGUUGUUCUGAUGUAUGCACCACAAAGGGAGAUAAUCAAAUCAGAGAAUUUGACAGUGAGUUUUGGCCAAAUAAUGUAUGAGAAAUAUAAUCUAUUACUGGUAUAUGUUUGCCUUAAGAAAGAUUUUGUUAACAACAGAUUCAAUUAAUGUGUAAAUAAUCAUGAAUCCAGUUAUAAAUUAGUGUUCAGGUGUAUACUUAGCUUUAUAGAAUUAUUGUUGUACUUUGUAAAUGCUUUUUGAAAAUCCUGUCUGAAUUUUAACAAUAGUAUGUUUGAUUUUGAAGUAGGGCAAUAUGUUUGAAGGGGUUAGAUAUAAGACAUAUUUGUAAUUUGGAUUUAUAUAUACAAUAUUUGUUGCUAGUCUCUAAAGUGUCUUAUCCUGUUGAGAAAUCUUUUUAAAUUGUUUUCUUUUACCUAGUUUUAAUUGACUUAUGAUCAGAAAUGUAGGUCUGCACAGGUGAGAUUUAGUGUGAACCCAGUGAUACCCACCUGUGUAAUGUUUCCACCUAAUAUUAGCCACUGAUACACAACAUACAACUCUACCUACACCUUCAUGUAAUUUUCUAUUUCAAAAAUAAAAAAAAAACUUUAGAAAGAAUAUUUCAUUUUUCCAAUGUUUGAUUUAUAAAUAUAUGAGACAAAGAGACCUGUUUUCUAUCCCAAAACAUGUACAGAUAUUUGUUUAAUGUAAUCGAUAAUGAGAUCUAUUAUAAUUCAUUUUAUCAUAUUUCAUGACAAAACCUUGAAAUGAUAGAAGAUUUUGCAAUUUCCCAAAAUCAAAACAUAUUCUGUAUCUGGACUAUCUUGAAAAUUACGCGAGUCCCAUUCACAAUUUACAUAUAAUCUAUAACAAUAUGGAUUGAGAGGCUCUGUAAGUACAUGAUGUAGCAGAAGUUAUGAGUUGACUAGACUGGAAUUUUACACAUCUAUUAUGUCUGUGAUGAAAAGGAAACACUAAACAAGAUCAAAGUAAAAAAACUGACUGCAUUGCUUUAUGUAUCUAUCAAAGGACAGAUGUAAGCCUAAGGUUUUGUGAGAUAUUUUUGACUAACAUAUCAAAUUGCUAAUUGCCAGCAUCCAGGAUCACCCUGAGAUCUUCCAGAGGUAGUAUAGCUAAAGCAGAACCCUUGGUUCUUGAAGAUGACAUUAGAUACACAUGCAUGAAUAUGAUUUUUUUCUUAUUUUUUAACUGAAAAUAUUUGGAGUUUUAAAUAUUGGCAAAAUAUAGCUGAAACAUUAUUUUCAUUUUCACUCAAUAAACCAUCAUAAGGAGAGAUUGCAUUUAGAGAAAAUUUGAGUUUUAAUAGCGAUUAUAUCAUAUGGUGUACUCCAGUAAACUUUGCUCUAUAUACUAUGGUGUCCCUGACCUUACUGAUGAUAAACGUUUUUCUUGUGUAAUGCUACACUUCCUUAAUUGCUUUGAUAAACAUCAAUUGUUGAGAUGAAUAGAUGUGAUAACCUGGUUGAACAGAGUUUGGUUCCAUUGACUGAUAUGAGUUUCAUUCUUGAUAUAGUCAGAGUAUGUGAAGAAAUGGAGAAAGAGGUGCAAGGAUUGUAGAAAACACAAAGAUAGUGUUGCUUAAGCAAGAAUUGAUAACAUUACAAACACAUUUCCUAAUUCUGACUCCUACAUUCCUCCAAGACACACAAACAGAAUGCAUUUUUUGUGUCUACCUUUGUGUCUUUGAAGAAAUCUGAAUUUGGGAAUCAAAAUAUUUGAAUAGAACUGUAAUUUAAGUAUGAAAAUAUGUAGGCCAAACUUAUUAUGUCAACAUCUAGGGUCUACAGCUGUUGUCAGUUGUUCUGAAUGCUAUAAGCAAUGGACAGGUUUUUACAUAUAGCAUACCACAUAUGUAUACCCUUGCCUACUCAAAUCUCUUGCAAUAUCACUUACUAUCGUUAGGCAUAAAAAAAAUCUGACUAUAAACAAGGACCUCGUUAUGUAGCCAACAUAGAAUUUAAAUUGUCUCCAAGAAAAGCUGACAAAGACCCCCAAUAUGGCCUGCUUUCUCCGUUUUUGAAAGACGCAGGGCUGUAAAAUGCUCCUUAAAUGUAAAUAGCCACAUUCUUGUUCUCAUCUCUCUAAAGUUGUCUGUUAGAAUCAGUGACAGAAGAUGCAGGGCAGUUAUUUGCUCUUUAAAUGUAUAUAACCUCAUCCUUGUUCCCACAUAUCCUAAGUUUUCUGUCAGUGACAGAAGAAGCAAGGAUGUUACAUGUUUCUUACCCUGUACAUAGCCUCAUUCUUGUUUCCAUCCCUCCUAAGUUGUCUGUUAGAUUCAAUAAUGAAAUGUUGAUUGAGUGUUUAGCCUGGUGCCAGUGAUAAGGUACAGAUUCUGUUGUAUAAAUGUAAUCAUUUGAACAUAUCAUGGAGUCAACAAUCCAUGGUGGUCAUUGUCAAUAAAGUUUCUACGUAGUUUCAUAAA